CAAUCUUCAAAACCCCAAUCUUGAUUUCAAUUGGUUUAUAGGUAAUUUAGAGGUAGCGAGCGAGAAAGAGGGAAAGGAAGGAUGGGUUAUAUAGGGGCACAUGGAGUGCAAACACUUCAUAGGUACAAAUACAGUGGGGUGGAUCACUCCUAUGUUGCUAAGUAUGUGUUGCAGCCUUUUUGGGGUCGCUUUGUCAAUUUCUUCCCCCUUUGGAUGCCGUAAGUUUUUCUCUGAAUUUUCUGAUGAAUAUUUAUUCCUCGACAAUUUGUGCAUGUCUGCAAAUUAGGGUGUUUAAAUUUAUAGUGUUUGUGUAGUGAUGUAUCUUGUAUACAGGUUCCAUUAUUUACUUCUUUUAGUGAGCUAAGAAGGUCUUGCUGUUCAUUCAUUUGGCAUAUUGGAGUGCCAGAAAAAUAUUUCCUGCCAAUUUCAGAACCUUGUACUACUUCUAAUUCGCGCGUAGAAUGAAUUUCUUGAACUACCUAGGAUAGAAGAGCAGAUAUCGGAAUUGAAAUGUAACAAGAGUAUUCUGUGUGGAAUGCCGAUUGAAGGAUUUUCUCGUUUUUCUGUGAAUCCACAGAAUGCCAUAGUCUAUAACGGUGAUGGCAAUAAAACAACUUUCAGGAUCAUGGUUAAUUAAAAGGAAAUAAAAAAAGCUUCCAGGAUCUUGGUACUGAGACAAACUUUUUGUCACUCAUGCAGCCUCCUUGAUGAUGAAGAUAACGAUAAUAAUGAUGAUGAUGACGAUAAUAAAAUAAAUGAACAAGUUGUUAUGGCAAUUUUGGGAGUAUUAGGUUAGCAUACGCCAGUUCCCUCUGUAAUAUUAUAAUAGGCUUUGAUGCAGUUUCAUACAGACAGCACACUCACACACACACAUGUGUACAGAGUGCAUACUCAUCAGGUGCCAGAAGAAAUAAUCUAACAUGAAUUUGUUACCCAUUUAAACAAUUAAUUACUAAUGGCUUUAGCCUGGUUAUCAUACUGUAUGUUUUCCUCUGUUUCCGGAGUUAACUGACAAUUGUUUUUUGGUGUGCAUGUUCUGUAUAUGUUCCCCAGACCGAAUAUGAUUACACUUAUGGGAUUUUUGUUCUUGGUCACAUCUGCGCUGCUCGGAUAUAUUUAUUCUCCAAUGUUGGAUUCACCCCCUCCAAGAUGGGUUAAUUUUGCACAUGGACUGCUUCUCUUCCUUUAUCAGACGUUUGAUGCUGUUGAUGGAAAGCAAGCGAGACGAACAAAUUCCUCUAGUCCACUAGGAGAGCUUUUUGAUCAUGGAUGUGAUGCGCUUGCAUGUGCAUUUGAAGCCUUGGCUUUUGGGAGCACUGCUAUGUGUGGACGACAUACUUUCUGGUUCUGGGUUAUUUCAGCUGUUCCUUUCUUCUUUGCUACUUGGGAAAGCUAUUUCACCAACACUCUAGUUCUUCCUGUAGUAAAUGGACCAACAGAGGGUCUCAUGUUGAUAUAUCUCAGCCAUUUCUUUACAGCUCUAGUGGGAUCUGAGUGGUGGGUUCAACAGCUUGGGAAGUCUCUGCCACUUGUGGGUUGGGUUCCUUUUCUGAACGAAAUUCCGACCAAUAAAGCCGUGUUGUUGCUGAUGGUAGCUUUUGCUGUUAUUCCAACAGUCUACUGCAAUAUUAACAAUGUUCAUAAGGUUGUCAAGGCAACAAAAGGAAGUAUGCCGCGGGCACUGGCCAUGAUUUACCCGUUUGUUGUGCUACUGGGAGGAGUGCUUCUGUGGGACUAUUUAUCUCCAUCUGAUUUAAUGAAGAACUAUCCUCAUCUUAUGGUAGUGGGAACUGGGCUUGCAUUCGGAUUUCUUGUGGGAAGGUUGAUUUUGGCUCACUUAUGUGAUGAACCCAAGGGUCUGAAAACAAAUAUGUGCAUGUCUCUGCUUUGUCUACCUUUUGCCGUUGCAAAUGCGCUCACUGCCAGACUUAAUGAUGGAGUUCCUAUGGUUGAUGAAUUCUGGGUUCUUCUCGCUUACACUGUAUACUCAGCAUCACUCUAUCUGCAUUUGGCCACAUCUGUUAUUCAUGAAAUCACGUCAGCGCUUGGGAUAUACUGUUUCAGGAUAACAAGGAAAGAAGCUUGAUCGCGUUUACGUUCCAAUUUUUGCUUUUCAACCUGGGAACUACCUGGGACUGAAGUUUGACUUUCCUCACCUAGCCGAUUCCUGAACCCGGCUUGAAGGAUGUUUGGGGUUCAACGCGUGCUUCUUUGACUUUUCACGGGUUGAUAGUGUUAUUGUUUGUACUCGCAUUCAAAUUCAAGUUUAGUCAAGUAACUAAAAUGAAAAUGUUUUGAGUUUUCCCUUUGGAUUUUAGUAGACUCAAGACGAUUUCUAGGAUUAUUUGUCUAGUUGGCCCUGCUGAAAGGUCAUUUUGGUUCGAUUUUACCCCAAGUUUAAGAUGAUUCAAGUUACUCAAUGGGGUAAUAUGAUUUUUCCAUUGAGUUUUAAAGAUGCUGGUUAUUGUAUUUGAACUGAUUUAGAUUUAUUUGUUUGGUUAGUUGACUAUUUCUAAAA